AUGACGUCGCUUACUCCGCCCUCUUCCUUCCCUCCGCCCACUCCUCCCCCUUGCGCCUCCGCCAACGGCGCCACGGCCUCCUCUCCCUGCGCCGCCUGUAAAUUCCUUCGCCGGAAAUGCCAGCCCGAUUGCGUCUUCGCGCCUUACUUCCUCGCUGAUCAACCCCAAAAAUUCAUCAGCGUCCACCGCGUCUUCGGCGCCAGCAACGUCACCAAACUCCUCAAAGAAAUCCCCCCCAAAGAUCGCGAAGAUGCCGUCAAUUCUCUCGCUUACGAAGCGGAUAUGAGGAUCCGAGAUCCCGUCUAUGGCUGCGUCGGCGUAAUCUCCAUUCUCCAUCACGAGCUCCGUAAGAUACAGCUUGAGCUCUCCAUCGCCCGAUCGGAACUCGCCAGGUACCAAUUCAAUCCUCCGCCGUCUCCCGCUGAAAUAUCGACUCAGUAUCAAUUUGGCUUGUGGCCGGGAAAUCAAUUGGGAUUCGAUGCGCCGGCGACGCCGGCGUCGGCGUCGUCGCCUGCGGUAGCGUUUGGAAUGAAUAUUGGGGGACAUUUGAUGAUUAGGGCGCCUGGCGCUAGGGCGGCGGGUGCUGAUGGGGUUGGGCCUGCGUAGGAUAUUGUGUGGCUGUUCUUGUAGUUGGUGGUUGGGCUUUGUUGUUAACUCGAAGAGAUGCUAAUUUCAUUAUAAUGAUUAUAAUUAACUGAGUUUAGCUGC